CCCAUCCUAGAUGGCUCUGCCGUCAGUUCUUGAGCCUGCGCCGUCUUUUUUUCUUCAAAAACCGGACAGGAGCAAGAUGGCGAUCGGUGACUACCCUGCCGAAUAUAAUCCUAAGGUCCACGGACCGUACGACCCAGCCCGCUUCUAUGGCAAAGCGGACACCCCUUUCUCCCAGGUGAAGGUUGGUGAGGUCGGCUCCUGGUUGGCCCGCAGAAACAAGUCGCCAAGUGCCCUUGCCGGAGCUUUCAGCCGGGCAUUCUGGCGCUGGCAGCAUAAAUAUGUUCAGCCAAAGAGGACAGGCAUUGCGCCUUUCUUCCAGUUUACUUUUGCUUCGAUGCUCUUCUUCUAUGUCAUCAACUACGGAAAGCUGAAGCACCACCGCAACCAAAAGUACCACUGGUAAACGAUUUCCAAUUAUUUAGUGUUUUCGGGUCUCUUCAGCCAUGGAAGUCCCCUGUUGUUCAGAUGUAUAAUAGAAAUGAAAAGAAUGCUCUUUCAAGAGGUUCUUAAUAAAAGAUCCCGCAGUUAAA